CUCUCUCCUUCCCGCACCCCCGCGGGCUGCAGCGGGAGCCCACGGCUCCCUUCCCCGCCUGCAAACUCCCCUGCCGGCCGCAGCGUCCUGCCUCCGCCUCCCCAAACUCCUUCAAACUUUCCCCGCCGCAGCGGGGACAAGAUUAUUGGGUGGGGGCGGUGGUUUAGUUUCCCUCCUUCUCCUCCGGGAGCCCCCAAAUCAGGCACCACCCUGAUUUCCUCUCGCCCCGGUUGGGCAGCAAUCAGGUCUUCCCAGCAGCGCCGGUUCCUACUUUGUCCCCUCCUCACCAGUUGGGAUCUCUCUCCUGGUCAAGACGGAAACCUCCUUCUCCACUGGGAAACCCUCCUGGGGGAUUUUGAACGAAGCCAGAGCUACCGAGCCCAUUCCCAUUGCCCCUGCCCAAGAGGAGAAGCGGCCUCGACAUGUAAACGCAGGGAUCCCUUGGAGUUGGCCCUGGGCAUGGACAACUAUUUCCAGUCCUGGAGGAGAGUAGUAACUAGUGGAGUGGCAUUCAAGGAAAACCAAAAAACGUGCUGAGGAUAUCCAAAGUGUGACAGGAAGGGGCAGCCUUCCAGCCCAACAACUAUGCCUUUCGGGCUGAAAUUGCGACGGACCAGGCGCUAUAAUGUCCUCAGCAAGAACUGCUUUGUGACACAAAUCCGUCUGCUGGACAACAAUGUGAUCGAGUGCACGCUCUCAGUGGAGAGCACAGGGCAGGAGUGUCUGGAGGCUGUGGCCCAGAGGCUGGAAUUACGUGAGACACACUACUUUGGCCUUUGGUUUCUCAGCAAGAGCCAGCAAGCACGAUGGGUAGAACUGGAAAAACCUCUGAAGAAACAGCUGGACAAAUUUGCCAAUGAGCCUUUGCUUUUCUUUGGGGUAAUGUUCUAUGUGCCCAAUGUGUCCCGACUGCAGCAGGAGGUCACAAGGUAUCAGUAUUACCUACAAGUGAAAAAAGAUGUUCUUGAUGGUCGAUUGCGUUCUUCGUUGGAUCAGGGGAUCCGGCUGGCUGGCUUAGCUGUGCAAGCGGAUUUUGGUGACUAUAAUCAGUUUGAAUCUCAUGAUUUCCUCCGAGAAUAUGUUCUGUUUCCUAUGGACUGGACUCAAGAUGAAGCAGUCCUGGAAGAUCUGACUCAAAAGGUAGCUCAGGAACAUAAAACUCACAGUGGCAUACCAGCAGCAGAAGCUGAACUUAUGUACAUUAGUGAAGUGGAACGCCUUGAAGGGUUUGGACAGGAAAGCUUCCCUGUGAAGGACAAUCAUGGAAAUGAUAUGCAUCUUGGCAUUUUCUUCAUGGGAAUCUUCAUAAAAAAUAGAAUUGGAAGGCCAACAGUGAUAUACAGGUGGAAUGAUAUUGGGAAUAUAAUACAUAACAAGUCUUCAAUCAUCGUGGAGUUGAUCAACAAAGAAGAAACCGUGCUCUUUCACACAGAUGAUAUUGAAAAUGCAAAAUAUAUUUCACGGCUGUUUGCUGCAAGGCAUAAGUUUUAUAAACAGAAUAAAAUCUGCACAGACCUAGUUCAGGAAUCACAUGACAUUUCUACCUCUUUCACCACGGGCACUGAAAACUAUCCGCUAACCAUUCAUGAAUUUGGUGCCGUGGCUGAUCCCAAUCUAGAGAAGCAGAAGAUGGCAGGCCUGGAGGCCCAGAAGAGGCCCUUGAUGUUGGCAGCAUUAAAUGGACUCUCCGUUGCUAGAGUUCCAGUGCCUGAGGAUAGCCAGGAUGAAGUAGCCAAGGUGCCAAUGGAUGAGAGGUGCAAAAUCUUGAAGAGGAAGUUGGAAGAGGGGAUGGUAUUCACCGAAUAUGAGCAGAUUCCAAAGAAAAAGGCAGAUGGGAUCUUCACCACUGCAGCAUUGCCUGAAAAUGCUGAGCGCAACCGCAUCAGGGAAGUCGUUCCUUAUGAGGAGAACAGAGUAGAGUUGGUACCAACCAAAGAAAAUAAUACAGGCUACAUCAAUGCCUCGCACAUAAAGGUUACUGUAGGUGGGGAGGAAUGGCACUAUAUAGCCACACAAGGACCUUUGCCACACACUUGCCAUGACUUCUGGCAGAUGGUGUGGGAACAGGGGGUGAAUGUUAUAGCCAUGGUCACAGCUGAAGAGGAAGGAGGAAGAAGCAAGAGUCAUCGCUACUGGCCUAAACUGGGCUCUAAGCACAGCUCAGCCACUUAUGGGAAGUUUAAGGUGACAACUAAGUUCCGCACGGAUUCUGGAUGCUAUGCUACUACGGGGCUGAAGGUCAAGCAUCUUUUGUCUGGGCAGGAGAGGACAGUGUGGCACUUGCAGUAUACUGACUGGCCUGAUCAUGGUUGUCCAGAAGAAGUCCAAGGCUUUUUAUCCUAUUUGGAGGAGAUACAGUCGGUACGUCGCCAUACCAACAGCGUGUUGGAUGCUAGCAACAAUUGCAACCCGCCAAUCGUGGUUCACUGCAGUGCAGGUGUAGGGAGGACAGGGGUGGUUAUCCUAACAGAACUGAUGAUUGGCUGCUUGGAACAUAACGAAAAAGUGGAUGUUCCGGUGAUGCUGAGACACCUACGGGAACAGAGAAUGUUCAUGAUUCAGACCAUCGCUCAGUACAAAUUUGUCUAUCGUGUGCUCAUCCAGUUCCUACAAAACUCUAGACUCAUUUAAUCUCCUUAGAGAUCCCAGACGCAGUAUUGUGGAUUGGACUGAACCUUAUUGACAAGACAGACACAUUCCUUUGACAAACGUGUCUUUUAUCAUGGUGUGCAAAUAUUGCACGUGCUCAAGUUGCCUCAAAAGUAAGGAGUCCUUGUUCUUCCGUAGAGAGUACCACAAAUUAUUUUGUACAAGGUAAUUUAUUUUUCAUGGAAUAACUUCUGAAUUUCUUUGAACUUGUAAAACUUGUGGUGAGGUUUGAAUUGACAUAACUGAUCUGCGUUGCCAAGUGUCCAUAGCGAAGGUGAUCCUCUCCAGGGGUGUUCUGUGGACCUGUAUUCUGUUAUAUGGUUUAUGAAACGAACAGGUCUUCAGGGAAUGGCUUUUUUCCAGUAAGAACAUUUUAGAGCCAAUUUUGUGGCUUUCACCAUGAAAACAAGACCUGCUAAAAGCCAGUUAAGACUUUGUAAUGGGCCAAAUAUGAUGAUAAAUAUAGAGAAGAUACAAUGCAGAGAACCCAAAACAUGCAUCCAUAAAUGAAUAAAUGGAUGGAAGCAUUACAAAGUAAGCAGUAGGGUAUUUCAGGCAGGAAAGCUGGGUGUGUGGCAUUACCCCUUGGCUUGAAGUGGUUUCCAUCAUAUACAGGGUUUACAGUUUUGUUCAAUGGUUCUCCGCACCCCCACUAUAAAAAUUGUUCCAACACCACUAUAGUCAGGUGUACAGAGACCACAGAUGUUCAAAAUUUGGCAAGAAUUACCAUUGCAGCUUAGUACUUGACAAGAAGCCAUAUUACACCUUUGUUAAUAUCCACCAGCCUUUGAUCCCUUCCUAGAUAAAGAGCUGUGAUACUCUUGCUAGGGCCCUGAACCCAACCACGUUGUAGUCAGUGGGAGUCUUUCCAUCAACCUUAGUGGGCUUUGGAUUGAGCAAUAGAAAAAUGUCAGCCAACUGCAGCCCAGAAAAUAGAAGUCAGACGUUAUGUUCUCACAAAUGACUAACCCUUUCAUUGUUGUCACAAAGCCAAAUCCCACUCACCUUAUUUAGGCAAGGAAUGUCAUUAAGGUCGAGACAUCUCAUCUCCAAUCGCAGAGUUUUGUUUUCUGCGCAAAUGGUUCUCAGUCACUUAGAUGGUUUACUUUCUAGCCCUUCGUGCAGUGCCCGUGAUCUGUGCUCUCUGACCUAUAUCCCUGUGUUCUGUUUACUAUCCUGGCUGCUGCCAAAAUAGUGAGCUGAAGUUUUUCGCUUACAGACUGCUCCUGCCCUCAGAUCCUUUCCCAGUCCAUGUCUCGCAGUUUGACCAUAUCACACACCAGCCCUUCUGGCACUGGCAAGCUUUAUUUCUUAGCUUUCAUUCCCCCCACCCGGCCCCCUGCAUUAAAUUGCAGAGGCCAUUUGCCCACUCCGGUUACCAUUUUUAUCCCAGGUCUCUUUGUAUCCUUUCUCUCCUUUUAUUUAUAUUCCAGUAGCCACUGAAGGCCCCAGUCUACUACGUCACAUAAGGAGAGAAAAUCCCUGCCCCAAAGAGUUUACAAUCCGAAUAGACAAGACAGACAGAUGGGGAGAGCAAGGAAGUGUUGUUAUCCCCAUUGUACAAGUGGGGAGGUGAGGUACAGCUACUUAAAGUGACUUACCCAAGGUCACACGUGAAGUCUGUGGCAGGAGACGUGGGUUCCAUUCGUGGCUCUAAAUCCCAGGCCAGAACCUUAACCACCAGACCAUCACUUUCCUCUCUUUUCCCUCUGCCUUCCCUUGAGACUGGCUGACUGUUCCACAUCCUUUGUGCAAGUUCCCUCCUCUAGAUCAUUCAUUUAUUUCACUGAAGCCACAUGUUCACUGUGGAUCACUUUGUCCAAAAGUGAUAGCUGCUGUACUUAAAAAAAAAUGUAAUUAACAGUAUAGCUGGGCGGUGCUGACUCGUAAAAAACCAAAGCCUCCAUAUCUUAGAAAACUUAGUACAAUGGGUCAAAUUAAAAUCCAGUGUAAUGUACUGAGCUCAGUGAAACUGCAUUUGCUUUCAUCAGCUCUCAAUUUUAGCCCCAUAUGACUGACCGCCCUGAUCUUGUAGUGCAGUCUUCAUGAUGCACCCCCACGGCAACCCCCAGAAGCCAGGGGCAGGAGUCCACUUGUGUACAUCACCCUGCAAGGCCCAAGCAGGCUUUGCUUGAAAGACCAGAAAACAUUAAAGAAUCCAGACAUAAAUGUGGUUUCAGUCAAGGGUUUGCUUUAAAUGUAUGCUAGCGACACUCUGUUACAACACUUGUGAAAGAAAUGGAUGGAAGAGCAUUUUGAGUCUGGUAUAGUCACUUGGCAGUACUUUUGAUGGGGCGAUUUUCUGUUAGUUUUGAGCAGAAAAAAGGAAGCUUAACUUUAAAAAGUCUACUCAGGCCGUUGCUAUUACCUGACUGAGCUUAUACAAUGUACAAAUCAGGGCCAAAUCUCCCCCCCCUUCCAAAGGACACAUUUACUGCUGUCAUCUGUGUUUUAUUUGCUUUAUCCUGGCUAGCCAUGACCCAUUAUAUAGCUUCCACUUAUCUUACUCUAGAAACAAUCUAAACUGGAUGGGUACAUAGUGACUGUAGGUGGGUUUAGAGCCAUGCUCCCUAACCCCCUAUUCUGGAAACACCCACUGUAGUCCAGCAAGCAGAGCCUGCGGUGUGUCAACUUUAUAGGAGAGCCAGGAUUAGGGUGAAACAUUGCACUCAGUAUGGUCACCCCCAGCUGCUGCUGACUUUGGCAGCCAAAUGUAAGCUCUUCUGUUUGUUCUGAUUAAAGCUGUUUGCAAAGGCCACAUAAUUGUUUUAAACAAAUGGUUAAAGGCUCACUCCUACAAGAUUCUGAGUGCCCUCAACUUCAGUUGGGAGUUGAGGACACUCAGACCAGAUCCUCAAAGGUAUUUUAGAUACUUAACUCCCAUUAGGCACCUAAAUAAAUACCUUUGAGGCUCUGGGUCUGAGUGCCUUACAGAUGUUGUUUAUGCUGGUAGCUUGGCAUUUACAGUAACAUACUAGGGUGAAAGCAUAAUGGUGAGAAAAGAAAAGACAGGUUUCAGUUUCAAGCCACCAAAGGAUGGUUAGGAAAAAAAAAAUAUAGACCUAGAUAAACUAUCUUGAUAUUAUGUUUAAGAAUCAGUCAUCUUUAGUUUUCCUCUCAUGCCUUCUGCCAGUGCCAACAUCUCUCUUGUUAAAUUAGCAGCAACCAUUUAAAGUCUUUUCAGUGGCAUCUGCAUGGUAAUUGCACAGAGAUGCUUUAUAUCUGGGAAUCAGGCCAAGGAAUAAACCUUGAAGCAAAGUGUAUUAAAUUAGUUAUCUCGUUAUAGCUUUUUGAAUAAUUUCCUAAUGAUGAAUUAAGUUUGAACUCAGCGCUGUCAAGUUCCAUUGCUCCAUUUGGAUUUGAAAGGUAGAAAAUCAGAAGGGAAAAUAAUUGUUCCUAGGUCGUCUUAGUCAGGUAUCUUGGCGGAAAUGUAUAUGACUACUGCUACUUUGGAUCUUCUGUAAGCACAGGAAAAAAAGUUAUGAGAGAGCAUAAAUAGCUGUGUUAAAAAGGAAGAAAAUUCAACACCAUUGUCGUUACGUGGCUUUUUGUAGUGCAAAGGCACAUUAUAGGUUUCUUAAAAAAAAAAAUAAUAAUUACAAAAUGGCACCAAAAGCCUUUCAACAUUAGCAAUAGGUGCCUAUUAAUGAGCCAGAUAGAUGGUCACAUAACAACCACUUUCAGUUGGCUACUAAAAUGGUAGCUGGAGUUUAAGGUGACUCACUCUUUCCCUUUUAUUGAAAGCUUGGUAAUUUUAGACUUUUCCUUUUGUCUGACUUCAGUGUAUUUUUCCUGCUAGAUUUUAUCUUGACUAGAUCAGCUAGUAUCUUAGAUGAACUGAGAUGGUGUAUGUCUCCAGAGCUUCCUCUCUAGUCCCAUUUGUAACUGUAACUUCAUCAUGCCAGGGUUUUACAGUUGAGAGGGGUGAAUCUACUCCAUAUUGUAGAGGGAAAACGGAAUAUUCUGAUGCUGAAGGACUGCAGCUUUAUCACACCCAGGUUCUUUGGAACAUAUUUUCUUCACCUUAAGGGAAGGACAGGAAUAAGCAUUUUCUAUCCAAUUUCAUUUGUUACAGUAGAAAUGAAAGCAUGGGACUUAAAGGAACAGUAUCUUUUCAUUUCUCUCCUACGGUUUUAGCAUCUGGGUCUUUUACAAGGAAAAGGAGAAUGAAAACUCUAGUUAUAUUGGUGGUUUUCAUGCUGUAUUCACAUCAAAGCAUGGGCAAUGGGUAGUUUGCAAGAAACCACUUUUAAAGCACCAACUCCCACAAAUUGAACUGCACAGCUACUUGAAGCAGUUCUGAACACUAACUCCAAAUAGACUUCUUCCAACUCUUGCCAGUUUCUAUCUGACACACUCACCCAUGUUAUAUCCCUGUGGAUGUCUUAUGCUCCUUCAUCUACUUCAUAAAAGGGAAUUUUAAGUAGAUCAAUAAGCCUGCAUUCAUUUUUUUCUAGAUAAAAUGUUACUGUUUAACAGCCAUAACUUUUGUGGUUUAAUAUUAAACACAUUGAACUGCUAAUAGUUAACAUUGACCCCAAAUUCCAUAGUACCCAAGUCCCCAGCUCAUGGGUAGAGUUCAUGCUCUUAACUAUAUAUAGGUCAGGGAUGGGGAAAAUGGCUUUGCUAAAUUUAGAAUUCACUUAUAAAUAGUUUGAUCAGAACUUAUGGAGUUCUGAAGUUUGCAUUCCACCGCACUUUGCGGCGCAGAAGGGAUGGAGCUCUGCCCAGUGCCUGAGGCUCAUCUGCUCUGUCCCUGGCUGCCUCAACUGACCUGCCACAACACGCCAUGCCAGCAGCUGGCUGCUGUCUCUGCAGGAACCCUAAACAUGAGGGUUUCCUCUGAUGAUUUGAAGGUACCGGCUGCAGAAUUUGGGGCCAUUUUGCCAUGCAUAUAACUGGUAGAUGGGCAUGUGACCAGGCACAAGUAGGGCAGGGCAGGGCGAGACUCUGCAUGCAGGAAUACCCAGCUUCACAGUCUGAUACAAUGCUCUCUAGUGGGCUGGAAAUUGAGUUACAUCCCCUUGGGCACUGGCGAGGUCCCUAAGCACUGAAUGGGGUUUCAGAGUUAGUGGAAUAUAGUCUUGAGGCUUUCAUACUAAACCUGAUGUAACUUUGUAUUGUAGGUGGUACAUUAACAGUGGUCAGAUGUUGUUUGAUUUGUUUUGGAUUGAGAGGAUAGCAGACUGUGGUUAUUCUUUCACUAAUUUCACCUGCUCACAUUACUAAUGCAGUCCAGACAUUUAAACCAAAUUCAUUGAAGGACACUUCUGCCCCAUUAGCUGUGGCUUAUUUAUCUGUUGUCCCAGCUCCAAGUAUCAUUCAGUAUUUAUAGAAUUAAAAACAUUCUGGACUUAGAAGCCGGACGCUUUAGGGUAAAUUCUUGUAGGAAGUUUUGUUUAACUUUUGUUUUAACGUCAACUGUUAUUUACCAGACAAUGUGUGUGUCAAAAAUAUAUUUAUAUUCAUCCAGUUCUUCCAGCAAAUAAAACCAUAACAUGCUCUACCUGAAACCACUAUAAAAUUCCCCACCCUAUCCAUGCAUUUGCCAGUUGAUCAGUAUUUCAUUGUAUACAAAGGAUAGCCUUUCUGCAUCUGAUGCAUAUGCAACUCUAUUGUGCGCUUUACAGGCACAAGAAAUGCAGGACUGUGCACCUUGGCAGCAAAUGGAAAUUUAGCAAUAUACCAGCAGCCCUAAUUGAACAAUCCCAGCACCAUUUCGAAAUAGUGGAAAUAAAACUAACAUUUCUAAAAACAAAUAAACUCUUUAAAAUUUGCAAUUUAUUUUAAUGUCAAUAUUCACCUAUCUAGAGCCUCAGUUCAGCACUCCUUAUACAGGUAAGAGUCCUAAGCAGCUCAGGAGGACUGGUGCCUGAGUGAAAUGGAGAGGAAUUGAUUAGAAUUUAAUAACUGCAGUUUUUCUUGCAAAGAUCCAUUCUCUUGCUGCUAUUUUUUAAAACAAAUCAACAAAACUAGAAGCAUUUUGUUAAUGGGAUAAUUGGCCUGUUGAGGUUGUGCCUUAUAGAAGACAUUUUCCCCACUAGUAAAGUAUCUUACUGUUGAUAUUUUUCAAAGGAAAAAAAGUUUACACAUGUAUAAUUGUGUGGGACAUAUGUUACAUAACAUGUUACAUUAGUUUUACAUCACUGGACGUUCUAUUUUACUUCAGUAUUUCAAUGCUUGCUUUUGUAUUUGUUCUGUAACUCUGUACAUUACAGUUAAGUCCAAGACAAUGAUUUAACAAUUUCUCAGCCUCAUAGUAUGUAUACAUUUUGUAGACAAUUGAGGUCAAUUUCCACACCCCCACCCCUUUUAAUUCAAGAUGAAUGGCAUACUCAUUUUAUACUAUUGAAAGUCUUUAAAAAAAAACUAUGCAUGCUAUUUUAUAUUUUAAUGUAUAUUAUUCAUAUCAGUACAUAAGCUUAUGCUUAUCAGUUUUAUCUUGUGUAUAAAACUGAUUACUUUUGACAGUAUUUUUGCACUGUUUCUCUUCUCCUUAUAAAAAGAACUAUUCAGCAUUAGAUGACUGCAAUAACUUUUUUACAUCUUUCACUGCCUUUGUGUAAAUAGUUUCCUAUAUGCCUUUUCGGAUGUGAGACUCAUGACUCACUAAGCUUUUUUUGUAAAAGACUGUCUAUCCUUUGUAUUCAUAGUAUGCAAUAAACUUUUUUCG